UCAAUCCAUUCUAUUCUAUUCUCUCUCUCUCUCUCUCUCUCUCUCUCUCUCUCUCUCUCUCUACACUAGUCUCGUGAAACCAUUCCCUUUUCCUCUAAAAACUUCAGCUGAAAAUGAUAAACGGAGAUGCUCCUCUCGCACCAACACCGGCGCUGGCGCAACGGUCACCGUGGCACUCUCCAGUACCGUACCUCUUCGGUGGUCUUGCGGCGAUGCUGGGUCUCAUCGCUUUCGCACUCCUAAUCCUUGCUUGCUCCUACUGGAAGCUCUCCGGUCACCUCAACGCUGAGGACGACAACAACAACAACAACUCCGCCGAAAGAGACGUCGAGCUCGGGGAAGCCGAUGCCGACGAGAAAAGAAAACUACCCCCGGUGUUUGAAGAGAAAAUCCUGGUGAUUAUGGCCGGACAAGUGAAGCCCACGUUUUUGGCCACUCCCGUCUCGAGCAGAAACUCCUCUUUUGGGAGUGUUAGUUCAGGUACUGGCGAAAAGGCUGAUAUAUUGGACGGUUCUGAUCGGACGGACGAAAAGAGGAAAGAGGGGAGGGGAGAUCAGGUACAGGUAGGGAACAUGGUAAUCCAUGAGGCCGAGGAUCAGGUCCCUUGAUUUGUUUGAUCAUUGACUCAGGAUUGUUGCUUCUUUUUAUUUUUGAAAGGCCGAAAUUCGCUCAGGAUUGUUGCUUGGUCAGGGUUUUUUUUGUAGCAAUUGCCUUUUCUUGUGGUGUUUCUUUUUUGGAAAUUCCGGAAAUGUAAGUAUCUUUUGGAGAAGGUGAAAUGGAAGAGUUGAGCUGUCUUUUGCACA